AUGGACCCUCUCAGCAUGAUGCCAAAAAACUACCAGCACAUUCUUUCCAUGUAUUUUGCUGUUCGUGAGAUCAACCAGGACCUCCAGCUGUUACCCGACACCACACUAGGAUUGGAGGUUUAUGAAAACAGUUUCAGUGUCAGGCUGGCCAGUAAGCACCUCCUAGAUCUUCUCUUCUUGAAACAAAGGAAUCCCAUCAACUACAACUGUGUCAGAAGGAGGAGGAGGAACCUCUUGGCUAUCAUUGGUGGCCUCACCUCCCCAAACUCCAUCCACAUGGCCCACGUCCUGAAUACCUACAAGAUUCCACAGCCCCCUGGUCUCAGCUGGGGCACCAGUCAGCAGACCUUCAAGGGCCCUGGCUUUGAACUGUUGCUGCUGAACACCAUGUUGGUCUGUGAUAAGGCCACCCACAGCUGUGAUUUGAUCAUGGAUGAGAGGGCUGACCUGGUGUGUAUUACUGACACCUGGCUGGGCUUUUCCUGUGUCUUGGCCAAAACCAUCACCGUUGUUCUGGCCUUCCUGGCCACCAAGCCAGGAAACCAGAUGAGGAAGUGGCUGGGGAAAAGAUUGGCAGGAUCUGUCAUUGUCCUCUUCUCCUUCAUGCAAGCUCUUCUCUGUGUACUGUGGUUGGUCACGUCUCCUCCCUUCCCAGAGUUAGACAUGCACUCCCAGACUGAUAAGAUCAUUGUGCAAUGUAAUGAAGGCUCUAAUUCCAUGUUCUAUGUUGUCCUGGGCUACUUGUGGCUACUGGCCACCAUCAGUUUCACUCUGGCUUUCUUUGCCAGAAAAUUGCCUGAUACCUUUAAUGAGGCCAAGCUGAUCACCUUCCGCAUGCUUGUGUUUUGUAGCAUUUGGGUGUCCUUCAUCCCCGCUUAUCUGAGCACCAAAGGAAAAUACAUGGUGGCUGUGGAGAUCUUCUCUAUCUUGGCUUCUACUGAUGGCCUACUGGGCUGCAUCUUUCUCUCCAAGUUCAUGACAAAAAAGUAUCAGCACGUCCUUUCCAUGUUUUUUGCCCUUUAUGAGAUCAACAGGAACAUCAAGCUGUUACCGAACACCACACUAGGACUGGAGGUUUAUGAGAAUAGUUUUGAAGUAAGAUUUGCUGCUAAGAGCAUUCUAGAUCUUCUCUCUAUGAGACAAAGGAAUCCCAUCAACUACAGUUGUGUCAGAAGGAGGAAGAGGAAGAUCUUGGCUAUCAUUGGUGGCCUCACCUCCCCAAACUCCAUCCACAUGGCCCACGUCCUGAACACCUACAAGAUUCCACAGCUUCGCUACUUUCUGAGGAACACCUGCUUUAAUAACAGUGCAGGAGAUGAAAUCUCUUUUGAUGAGAAGGGGGACUAUGACCCUGGAUUCGACAUCUUCAGCAUGGUCACAUUUCCCAAUCGGUCCUUCCAGAGAAUCCGGUUUGGAAGGACGGACUCGAAAGCCCCCGAGGGGAAAAGGGUCACCAUCAAGGACAGUGCCAUUGUGUGGAAUCACAAGUUUCAGCAGGUACCUCCUCGUGCCAGAUGUGUUGACAGCUGCCGCCAGGGGUACAGCAAGGUUGUUCAGGAAGGGAAACAUGCCUGUUGCUACAAAUGCAGCAAAUGCCCCGAAGGAAGGAUUUCAGUAAAGACUGAUGCAGACCAAUGUGAGAGAUGCCCAGAAGAUCAUUACUCAAAUGCAGAAAAAGACCAGUGUCUUCCCAAAAGGUUCAGCUAUUUAUCCUUCAGUGAACCCUUGGGAGUCACUCUGACUUCCUUGAUUCUUUUCUUUUCAGCAACCCUCAUUUUAGUGGCAGUAACUUUCCUCCUGCACUGGAACACACCCAUUGUCAAAGCCAACAACAGGAACAUCACAUGCAUCCUUCUCUCCUCUCUCCUCCUCUGCUUUCUAUGCUCCUUUUUGUUCAUUGGUUGGCCUGGGGAAGUGACUUGUUUCCUUAGGCAAACUCUGUUUGGCACCAUUUUCUCCAUCUCUGUUUCCUGUAUCUUGGCAAAGACCAUCAUGGUAGUUUUGGCCUUCCUGGCCACCAAGCCAGGAAACCAGAUGAGGAAAUGGCUAGGGAAAAGACUGGUGGGAUCCAUAAUUGCCCUCUGUGCCUGUAUUCAAGUGGUUAUCUGUGUAGUAUGGAUGGUUAUGUCUCCUCCCUUCCCAGAGUUGGACAUGCACUCCCAGACUGAUGAGAUCAUUGUGCAAUGUAACGAAGGCUCCGAUUCCAUGUUCUACAUUGUCCUGGGCUAUUUGGGGCUAUUGGCCACCAUCAGUUUCACUGUGGCUUUCUUUGCCAGAAAAUUGCCUGAUACCUUUAAUGAGGCCAAGCUGAUCACCUUCAGCAUGCUUGUGUUUUGCAGCAUUUGGGUGUCCUUCAUCCCAGCCUAUCUGAGCACCAAAGGAAAACACAUGGUGGCUGUGGAGAUCUUCUCCAUCUUAGCCUCUACUGCAGGUCUCCUGGGCUGCAUCUUUCUCCCCAAGUGCUACAUCAUCCUGUUGAAGCCAGAUCUCAACACAAAAGAACAUCUGACCAGGAGGAUCUUUUAA